GGAAGCAUGCCUUCGUUACUCAAUUUGACCCAGACGCUGGAAGAUGUCUUCCGAAGGAUUUUUAUCACAUACAUGGACAACUGGCGCAGGAACACCACAGAGGAGCAGGUGGCACUCCAGGCCAAGGUGGAUGCUGAGAACUUCUACUAUGUCAUCCUGUACCUCAUGGUGAUGAUAGGAAUGUUCUCCUUCAUCGUUGUGGCCAUCCUGGUGAGCACUGUGAAAUCCAAGAGGCGAGAGCACUCCCAGGACCCCUACCACCAGUACAUUGUGGAGGACUGGCAGGAAAAGUACAAGAGUCAAAUUCUGCAUCCAGAGGAAUCAAAGGCCACCAUCCAUGAGAACGUGGGUGCAGAGGGGUUCAAAAUGUCUCCUUGAUAAGGCAGAAAGAGACAAAGCCAACCUCUGACAUCCAGGUGUGAGGAGGUGC